AUGGAGCUUUUCUUCUUUACAUGCUUUCUUAUUAUAAUUGUUCUACUUGCUCUUUUGUAUUUAGUUCUUCGAGCUGAAAAUGAAAAAAUCAAAAGAGAUAUGUUGACUCUCAGUAAUGAAAAUGCAAAAUUCAAAAAAGAUAUAUUGACUCUCAGUAAUGCCAUCGAAAAAAAUAUAUCGACCCUUGGUGAUAAAAUACGUGAAACAAUCCAGACCGAAAUUAAAAAAAUUGAAGAAAAGAAUUUAUCGAUUCUCGAUGACAACAUCAAUAAAAUACGUGAAACUUUCCAAAAUGAAACCAAGCAAAUCAAGAAAUAUACAUUGGUUUUAAAAACCAUUAAUCAAAGACAUAAAAUCAGACAGACGUAUAUUUCUAAAGGUUCAAAUUUGCCUUUAACAACAAAUAAUAUACACACAACACAAUACAAGUAUUUAGACUAUUCCGAUAAAGAAGUGCUCAGGAAUGCCUUUAUCUCCUUGGUCGAUCAGAGAAUAAAAAAGGAGGAAAUCUACAUUACUCCUAUGUUUAAGGCGUUAUCUACGGAAAUUGGUCCAAGCUCUAAAUGCUUGCAUGAUUUUUAUCUUCGUAAAACAAAAAACCCGCAAAAAACUACAUUGGAUAAAAUUAGAACAUGGGUAAAUAAAGAAAGACCAAAUAAUAAUGUAAAUGGUCUUUGCCUCCAUUAG